AUGGAUGGUUCGUACAAAGUUCUUAUUUGUGAGCAGGGAAUUCCGCUCACUCCGUAUUGGAGUGACUGGUUAUGCCCCAGAAUUACAAAUAUGCUCUUGCCACAUUCGAUCGGAUGGCCUUAUACGUAUCGCUUGUAUUUAUUAAGUUAUUUGUUAUCUUUGCCCACGACAAGGAAGAAAUCAAAAUGGCGGAAUAGAAGUAUAUCCUGGCCACUUGUGACAGCCGGAGAGCUUGGUGGUGCCAGAAGUAGUGGUGCUCGAUAUGAUUCAAAGAAAGGAUGCAAUAAUCUGCGAUUGGCAUUUCUCUACAAAACAGAAGCAGGUCAAUCAGUGAUACGAAUCUGUCAGCUACUUCCAAACGUGCACCAUGAGCUACGCUACAAGGUUUUUCACAAUCAGACGGUCCUAUGA